GCCGAGUCUUGACUCGGCGCCCCCGACAUUCAGAGUCAACACAAUGAUCACCGCCACCGCAUAGAACAAGAGGAACCUAGCCUCCUCGACAGCUUAUCAUGUUCCUGUCAUUGGACCGUAUCAUUCACUGGCAAACACCACCUCUCCGAAUCCCGCCGAAGCAGCCUCGUCGUUCGACUUCAACUCCCCGCUUAAGCAUCCCAAUCACCCCCACGACCGUGGCCUCGCACUCUCCUACGUCCAACAUCCAAACACCGCCACGAGCAUCGCCGUCCUCUGGUUUGCCGCCGCUGGCCUGCGACCAUUGCCACAUCCCCGCGACUGAUGUGGCAUUCUUGGUGUAUGUAACACCGUCCCUUGCUUCAUUUGGUAUGGUUCAGCCGUAUCCUGUUCAGCCCGAGGGGGAGCUGUGCAAUUCGCGUCAUGAUGGAUGAUCACUCGUCAACCGUUGAAAUGUCUGGACAAUCGCCGUUUUCGCUAGGGGCCGCGAAGGCUGCGCAAGACGGCCGCGCCGACACCGAACCAACACUUGGAGUUGUGGGCAGGGAAAGGAA